AUGUCUUAUGUUUCUAAUGUCCACUUUGACAGAAAGGAAAGGGCCUGGUUCGAGUACCACUAUAGUCACUCUAGCAGCGUUGUCUACAGCUACGGGCUGAAGUCGUUAGAUGGUAAGGAUGCAAGUGAAGGCAAGCAGAUCGUCGCUGCGGUGCUCGAAGAGGAAGAACAGAGGCGAUUGAUCACUGGCAUUGGUCUUGCAAAGAUUGCAGAUAUUGGAUACGUUGAGUUGUACUCUGUGGUAAAGAAAUGA